CUUAAGUCUUAACACAGUUCAAAAUGGCAGAAGAAGAUGAGAGCCAGCAGCUGGAAAACGUAGAGCAUGGACUCUCCAGCAAUAAUGGAGAAGCAAAAAUGCCAGUUUCUGCUAGGGAAAAGGGCGGUUGGGUUACUUUCCCAUUCAUUGCAGGGGCACUUAUGGGGCUGACACUUGCUGUUGCUGGAUGGGGAUGCAACUUUGUUGUGUACCUCAUAGAGGAAUUUCAUGUGAGAAGUAUUGAUGCUACUCAAAUAUUUAACAUAGCUGCUGCUUCCACCAGUCUACUUCCAAUCCUUGGAGCAAUUAUUGCUGACUCCUUCUUAGGAUGUUAUACAGUCAUUUGGGUUUCUUCUCUUAUCUCUGUCAUGGGGAUUAUCCUCUUAGCUUUAACUGCCACGAUUCAUUCCUUGAGGCCUCGACCCUGUGACAUUGGAUCUUCCGAGUGCCCGCCUGCAUCCAAAAUUCAACUGGCCGUCCUAUUUUUGGGCAUAACUCUAUCAUCAAUAGGUCCAGGAGGCACACGUUUUAACAUUGCAGCAAUGGGGGCAAACCAAUUCAAUAAACCAGAUCAUCAAAGAAUCUUCUUCAACUGGUUUGCAGUUGUUAUAUAUACCUCUCUACUAUUAGGUGCCACCGUGAUUGUUUAUAUAGAGGAAAAUGUCAGUUGGGGACUUGGAUUCUGCCUAUGCAUCAUGACCAACAUUAUUGGAUCAGUCAUUUUCUUUUCAGGAAGAUGUUACUAUCGCCAUGUAAAGCCCAAAGGAAGCCCUUUUACGAGCUUAGCUCGCGUUGUCAUUGCCGCUAUUGUGAAGAGGAAAGUCCAUCUUUCAUCCAAUGCUGAAGAUUACUACCAUGGGCGAGGAGAGGGAGUAGAGAUGGUAGCUUCAGUGCCCGGUAAAAGCCUCAGGUUCCUAAACCAUGCUGCAUUGGAAACAGAGGGAGAUACUAGAGAAGAUGGCUCAGUUGCAAAACCAUGGAGGCUGUGCUCAGCGCAAGAAGUUGAGGACCUCAAAACCUUAUUAAGGAUUUUCCGAUUGUUAUCAAGUAGUGUUAUACUCUGCACUGCACUGCCAGUCCUAAACACCUUGACAAUCCUCCAAGCCUUGACCACGAACCGCCAUCUUGGAUCACAUUUCAAAGUCCCAGCAGGGUCCAUGAUUGUAUUCAUUUUGGCCACAACCGCCAUCAACCUUUUUCUAAACGACCGUUUCCUUUUCCCCUUGUGGCGGACGAUGACUGGCAGAUCACCGAUGCCCCUCCAACGAAUAGGAUUUGGCCACAUUUUCAACACAACAAGCUUGGCUGUUGCUGCCCUGGUUGAGUCAAAAAGGCGAAGAUUAGCUCAAAGCUACCUUCUCCCGGAUCAUCCAGGAGCUACCAUCCCCAUGUCAGUCCUAUGGUUGGUGCCACAAUUAACUCUGGUUGGCCUUGGGGAAGCAUUCCAUUACCCAGGACAAGUUACACUAUACUAUCAAGAAUUUCCAAUGUCGCUUAAAAGCACAGCAACUGCAAUGGUGUCAUUGAUUUUGGGAAUGGCUUAUUAUUUUAGUAGCAUGGUGAUUGAUCUAGUUCGGAGGGUUACUCCAUGGUUACCUAACAGUAUCGAUCAUGGGAGGCUAGAGUAUGUGUAUUGGAUGUUUUCCGCAAUGGGGAUGCUGAACUUUUGCUAUUUUCUUAUCUGUGCCAAGAAUUACAGGAACAGAAAUUUGGAGGAGAGAAAUGAUAGUUUUGUCUCAGAGAAGUGAGGCCAUGAUGAAGGAAACUAAUUUUUACUUCAUCAAAUAAUCACAAUUAAGAGGAAGAAAUGCCUGGGAAUUUUCUUGUAAUCCUGUUUGCAAGCAUAAAUUCUGUUUUACAUAUCUGUAUUAAAUAAUGUUCUUCAAU